GAGUCCUAAAUCAGAAUGUAGUCAAUCCGAUCAUUAAAAUGAAAGGUUUCGCAAUUCUAACCUUAGCUGUGCUCUUAGCAGAAGUGUACUGUCAGUUCGAUACCCAUCAGUGGGACAACAGGAGCACCAUUGUUCAUCUUUUUGAGUGGAAGUGGGAUGACAUCGCUGAUGAAUGCGAACGCUUCUUAGCCCCGAAAGGAUAUGGCGGAGUUCAGGUUUCACCCGUAAGUGAGAAUAUCGUUGCCGUAUUCCGACCUUGGUGGGAGCGCUAUCAACCAAUUUCCUAUAAUUUGGUCACCCGUUCUGGAAACGAAGAACAAUUCGCUAACAUGGUGAAGCGUUGUAAUGCUGUUGGCGUAAGGAUUUACGUUGAUGUCGUUUUGAACCACAUGGCUGCCGAUAGUAAAUAUCCCGUGGGAACUGGAGGAACCACUGCUCAUCCAGCGAGUAAGAGCUUCCCCGGUGUACCAUACGAUUCGCUUGACUUCCACCCUACUUGCUCUAUCGAGGACUAUCUAGAUGUUUUCCAAAUCAGGGACUGUGAAUUGGUUGGGCUCAAAGAUCUGGAUCAUAGUAAGGCAUGGGUUCGCGACAGAAUUGUUGAGUUUCUCAAUCACUUGGUUGAUCUGGGUGUUGCUGGAUUUCGCGUUGAUGGCGCCAAACAUAUGUGGCCUAGGGAUUUGGCGGUUAUCUACUCCAGAAUUAAGAAUUUGAACACUGACUUCGGCUACCCUCCCAACUCAAGACCAUUUAUUUUCCAAGAAGUUGUUGAUCUGGGUGUUGAGGCUAUUUCCAGAGACGAAUACACUGAUUUGGGAGUAGUCACUGAAUUCAGAUUUUCCAGAGAACUUGGUCGUGUAUUCCAAGGAUUAAAUCCAAUGGCAUGGUUAGUGAGCUGGGGACCUGAUUGGGGGCUAAUGCCAUCAGACCGCGCCUUGGUAUUUGUUGACAAUCAUGUCAAUCAACGAGAUGGAAGAGAUGUUUUGACCUAUAAGACUUCAAAACAAUACAAAAUGGCUACGGCAUUUAAGUUGGCCCAUCCUUAUGGUAUCAGUCGCAUCAUGAGUUCUUAUGAUUUCUGUAACGAGGACGAGGCUCCACCAACCAAUGAUGGCGGAAAUACCAUUCUAUCACCAAAAAUUAAUGACGAUAAUACUUGCGGAAAUGGAUGGAUCUGUGAACAUCGUUGGAGACAAAUUUACAACAUGGUCGGAUUUAAGAAUACUGUCCAUGGUACUGAUUUGAAUGAUUGGUGGGAUAAUGGAAACAAUCAGAUAUCCUUUUGCCGUGGAAGGAGUGGUUUUAUUGCUUUCAAUUUGGAUGAUUAUGAUUUGGAUGAAAUCUUGCAAACAUGUCUCUCACCUGGAACUUAUUGUGAUGUCAUCUCAGGAUCGAAGGUUGCUGGAAAGUGUACGGGAAAGGAAGUUGAAGUUUACGGUGAUGGAUGGGCUAACAUCAUCAUUGGGGCUGACGAAUAUGAUGGUAUUUUGGCUAUCCAUAAGGACGCGAAAUUAUUUAAUUUAUUUCGAGUCCUCUUGUGGUGUGGGAUUGUAAGAACGUUCACCUUUAGUUGGCCAAAAUGGAGGUAUAACUCAGCCCUUGACAUUCAAAAGUUUGUACUGAACUUUCUGGGAUGGUUGAAAGGUGCGCAGGUCAAUUAUGGCUCAACAUUGAUCCAAGAUAAACCCCUACUUCCUCCUUUGUAUUUUCUUUUAAGCCGUUUUUUAUACACUAAUAAAGAUAUACUGAUUCUUUCGGUUUAUUCGAUUUGAAUAUUUUUUUCCAGUUAUAGGAAUGACUGGCGCCACAAGUUGAGUAAUUGGUUCAAGCAAGAUUGGGCUUCCACUACGAUUUGUCCUCCAAACUUCACAUAAUAUAUCAAACACCAAAAUCUCGAUAUCA